AUGGAAGCAUCUGGAGUCGGUGGUGGUGCAGAGAAGAGACCCACCGUUGACUUGGUCAAGGAUAAAAAUGGAACCGAUCAGAUUCGUCUCCAGAAUCCUAAAGGCGCCUCUGUAAAGAUCAGUUUACAUGGAGGACAAGUCCUUUCUUGGAAGACUGACAAGGGUGAUGAAUUAUUAUUCACCAGCGCCAAGGCUAACUCAAAACCUCCCCAUCCUGUACGAGGAGGAAUCCCAAUCUGCUUCCCUCAGUUUGGAACUCGAGGAUCGCUUGAGCAGCACGGCUUUGCGAGAAACAAGAUGUGGCUUUUGGAAAAGGAUCCACCCUCUCUUCCUUCGUUUGACUCAACCGGCAAAGCCUUUGUCGAUUUGGCACUUAAAUCCUCUGACGAAGACAUAAGAGUCUGGCCUCACAGCUUUGAGUUUCACCUGAGGAUUUCAUUGGCCUUAGAUGGGAACCUAACGUUGAUCUCUCGAGUCAGAAACAUCAAUUCAAAGCCUUUUAGCUUUUCCAUUGCUUACCACACUUACUUCUCCAUCUCCGAUAUCAGUGAAGUGAGAGUUGAAGGGCUUGAAACUCUGGACUAUCUUGACAACAUGCUCGAGAAAGAGCGGUUUACAGAGCAAGGCGAUGCGUUAACCUUCGAAUCCGAGAUCGAUAGAGUCUACUUAAACUCUAAAGACGUGGUUGCGGUCUUCGACCAUGAGAGAAAACGCACCUUCCUCAUCAAGAAAGAAGGCCUACCUGAUGUUGUUGUAUGGAAUCCAUGGGACAAGAAAGCUAAAGCGUUGACUGAUUUGGGAGAUGAAGAGUACAAGCAGAUGUUGUGCGUUGAUGGAGCAGCUAUUGAGAAACCCAUCACUUUGAAACCGGGUGAAGAAUGGACCGGGAAAUUAAAUCUCUCGCUUGUCCUUUCCACCUGA